GUAAAUAUAAAUUAAACUUAUUUAAUAAUAUUAAAAACAAGAAUCGAGAAAUAUUUUUGUUUGCAUCGUCGACGAAUCAAGAGCUAAAGAAUGAAUUCAAAAUUAUUUAUUUUAUUGAUAUGCUUCGCUUCACUAUUGGCACUUUCAAGUGCAGCAUCAUGCGAUGCUCAAGGUCAGUGCAAGUACGGUGGAAGAUGUGGGCCUAAUAACCAAUGUAUUUGUCCAAUGAAUUGUAAUCCACCAACAUGGAACAUGAACCCUGAGCAACUGUACUGCUCGCCGAAGAAGGGUCAAAGGCCGAAAAUAUUUUGGAAUAUAUGCUUUGUUAUGGCAGAAGCAUGCGAGCUGCAGAGAGACGUUCCUUUGAUAAAAUUCGAUUUCAAGAAACCGAUAUCUAAGCAAUGCCAAGGUACUGAGGAAGCAAAGAAUGCCCAAACUUGGCAUCUGUGUCCUAAACCAGAGGACUUUAUGGGACCGUGCGGCGGCACAUUAGAUCAAAGCGUCGAUGGCGGGGUUUGCCUGAAAGACAAAAAUACUCAGGAAACGCGAUGCGAAUGUCCACAAGGAAAAUUUGGAUUGAAUUGUGACCAGAAGAUAGUAUUGCUGAAUUUAGACAAAGGGAAUGUAACAGACGAAGAAAACGACACUAACUUGAUAGGUGUGGGCCUUGGUGCUACUCUAGUCGCCGGAGUGCUCUUAGGAUUAUUUGCACUAAUAAGGUUCCGUAAGCGAAAACAAAACAUCGAUAUCGAGAAACACGACGCUGACGUUCUCCCUGAUUCAAAGAUUGCUGAGUUCCAAAACAACAGAUGUGAUUACCACAAAGACAACAAUUCAAACUGGUCCAACAGAAAUUGCAUUGUCGAAAUCGCAAGUGAUAUUGAGAACGUCUCGACGGAUCAGACGAACUCAGCGGCGUCGCAAGGCUCUCCGAAACGGCAAAGGUUGAGUGGAAUUUCCGCUCAUAUGCCUGGUGAUAAUAAUAAUAACCAAGCUGAAAAGUACGAACGAAAAAAUCAUUCUAAAAACACAAAAGUGGAUUAAACGCAGACGAAGGAGACAUUACCAAGAACGCAGAAGACAGCUAGCUUCGCGGUCGUGCAAAAAUGUUAAUCAUCUUCAGAGACUUAUGCAACGACGCGAGCAGAAACGCUUAAACUUUGCGAACAUUGUUGACACGAACAACAAACUCACAAAUAAUAAAAACCACAGUAUUAUUUUCCAGCUUGCGUAUAGCAAAAUACCAAACAGCUUCAAAUCCGAGCCUACAGCCUUGCCUUGUUUAAAUUUAAAAUAAUCGACUGCAUUUGAACUUUUUGACGUUCAGAUUUCUAAUAUUUAUAGAGCAAUUUUCCUUUUUUAAUUUUGCUGCAUUACGCGGCCUGCUAGUCAGGACGGUUGCUAAGGGUAUGGAUUAUGAACAUUCUAACAUAAGCUACCUUAUAUAUGCCCAGCCAUGGGCCUAAGAUGUCUUUUUUUGAAUAUUGAAUGAAUUAAGUGCAAGCUUUUGCUGAAAUUUUUAGGUGUGUGUUUCUAAAAAAUGAUUGAUAUUAUUCAACAUUUUUGAAUUUUUGACUGGAAAUCUUUUUUUUCCAGUCUUAAAAUUUGUUACAAUUAAAGUUGUUUAUCUUCGCUCAAAAUAUACCCUAUGCUUUCAAUACUAUUUGAACGGUAAUCUUUGAUUAAUGUUAGAACAAUUUUCACGCUUUAUCUGCUGACAUAUUCCAUCUCUUGCAAACCACCGCAAAAUACUUUUAUACUUAUAAAAUAUUAUUAAUAUAUCAGCAUUUGAUAUGCUUUCUUAUAAGUUCCGUAUCCUACUGUGCUUAAGCUGCUUUUAGCUUUUAUAUUUUAACUUUUCGUAUUCUCUUUUUGUGUGGUCACUAUUCUAUAUUUAUCUGCUUUUCAAAUACAUUCCUGUAGUGGAAAAAUUUACAUCAUUUAUUAUCUGAGGGUAUUGCUAGUACUGAUUUAUGUUAUGAGAAAAAAUCUAAAUAUGAAUACCCGUUUCAAACUCAACUUCAAAUUCUUCUAUAAUCUUAUUCAAUUUUCUAAAUGAAAAACCUAAUUCUUGAAAGGCCCAUGGUCUUCCUUCAACCUAAAUUUCAAUUUGAAUAAUUUAAACAGGAAUUUUUCUCAAAGUGUUUAUAAAAAAUAGGGAAAUCUAAGCCACUUGAGCCAGUCGCGUGGAAUAUAAAAUUUUCAUCAAAGGACAUUCGAAAAAGAAUUGAAUGUGUUCUUCAGUUUACUUAAUACUUGAUAUAAAAAUCAGAGAAAGAAGACACUGAGUGGGUCGUAUGUGUAACAUGCGCCUCUCUCGGUCUUCUAUUCCAGUUCCGUUCAAUAAUAUGUUUUUUGUAUGUCUGGUGAUACGUCAUUUUAGGGAGGUUUAAUAUUUUAACGAAGUUUUGUCUAAAAUCUGCAUUUAGCCAAAAUAAUGAUUUUAUAUUGUCUAUAAAUAGUGUUGUCUUUACCGUUAUAGUGUUAUUUACGAAAUAAAAAUAAUAGGACCAAUUAAAUUUUUAUGUGUUUUUAUAUUGUAUUGUGGAAUAAAAGACAGAAAGCGA